AUGGCGCUCUCCGGCAACAUUAGUGAGCAUGAUCUCAGUCUCACAUCCCCGAGUACCGGCGAAUCUCCAGUGGUACUCACCAUCACGACGCCGAAGAAACGACAAGGCUCAACUGAUCCCACCGAUCGAACAGUCUCCUCCGCCCUGCGAAGGCUCGCACCUAAGCCUUUCGCAAACAUGAGCGGCAGCAGCCACAACCCCAUCAUCGUCAACGAGGAUCCAUCACCUCCACGGCGAGCAACGCGAGCCCCGAAGCGCAGACAGAAACACAAAAAGCUGUCAGAGCCGCAUCAGUUCAUCGGCAACGGAUAUAGAGAACUGUACAGCUACGGUGUCUCCAGACCGGCAUUGGCAGCCAUGCCUGCGAACGGCAGCACAUUUACCGGGCACCAGAGUCAUGAUAUCUAUCGCAUGAUGAGCGCAAAGAUCACUGCCGCGCCUGAGGUUAGCCCAAACGCAGCAUGGGGUCGACACACGCUCAAUGUACCUUUUGAAGUACAGUAUCCACUCUCCGCGCCGGUUCUUGCGCAACACGCGCCACAACACCAACCAUCAUAUGCGCAGCACUAUCAUGUCCAAGUUCCUUCUAACACAUACGUUCUGCCAAUGGUCCCCUCUCAGAACGAGAACUCACUCCGUAGGAGAGCUGUCCAUCAUAUCCAAGAGUACUCACGACCUUCGCCACAGAAGAGGAAGCUCGCUGAUGCUGAGGUUGCUGAGGCUGACGACGAUGAAGCCGGAGAACAUCAGCGGCAUGCUCGACCGCAAUCGAGUCGUCCAACUACUCGACCAAAUGCUACACCUUUAUCCAGGGAAUCACACGCCAACGAUCCCAACCUCCUCGUCAGUCACCUCAUUGAGCACACCUCACUUAUCACAUCCUUGCUACAAGCCUAUCCUCACUCCACAGACAAGAAAGGUCUACAAAACGAUAUAUCGAUGAUGGUUCAGAUCCAGAAUCAGUAUAUGAGUGCUUGGAUGGAGGCUGAAUCACAGAGCUCGCGCAAGAGAACGAAGAAUAAUGGUGACGGUGCUGUCAGUCUGGCGACCCACCCACAGCCUACCAUCACUCCUGCGAUGAAGGCUCAGAAUGAGAAUGACCAUACAGUGCGUCAGGCUCUUUCUGCUGAUGCCGACAUGUGGCAAGAUGGUACAGGGCAUGGUGUUGCGGACGCGUUCGCGGUCGCACCUCAAUCGUUGCCGGUGGCGAGCACCUCUAAUGAAAGGAUAGCCGAUCCCACGAGUAUACUUCCGAGUGCAACGACGUCUCGUCAUCCCAUCCAGGGCAAAGCGGGCGCAGACAACGCUGUCGUCAAAACCCCACCACAGUCGAUCUCGGACCCGGGAGCAACGUCAACGAGGCACAAGGGUAUUCUCAUCACACCUAUUCGCCGCGGUGCACCCCAGACACUUGAACAGAUGUCGAAGGCGACCGAUGACAACCCAAGGGCUAUGACCUACAUGAGUCACCCGUUCACUCCUUCCAAAGUCCAGAGAACUCCCACCAAACUACCUCCCCGCUCUGCCAGUUCUCCAGUCACACCAACUACCAAGGAUGACGCUUCGUCUCAACACCGAAAUGGCGAGCCUUCUUCUUCCCGCAGCAAGCGCAGCGCCCCUAUACGACCUAUCCCCAGCUCCGAGCACGGCAAACUCCAGGUCCUGGGUACCAAGAACGCUUCAAGCAGCUUCCACAGUGAGAGCUCGAGCGACUUUGGUACCCGAAGGCCGGUGUUUCGUUUCGAACGACGCGUUGCUGUCGAUGGUGGAGAAGUAGAGACAGGAAAUGUCCCGGCACAGACUGUGGAGGAGUAA